AUGCCUCCCGGCCCUCCCCCAUUCCCUGGACCCGGAGGACCAGGGGGCCCGGGGGGACCAGGGGGCCCGGGGGGACCGGGGGGACCAGGGGGACCAGGGGGACCCGGGGGACCGGGGGGAUUCAGAGGGCGAGGGGGAAGGGGUCCGCCAGGGCCGAGAGGGAUGGGGUUUAUGGGUGGGCCCAGGGGACGGCCGGAUGGGCCGCCACCGCCUUUCCAUGGCGGGCCUCCUCUGCCUGCUCCUCCCCGCGCGCCCAUGAACGGCCCGCCCACGCCGUUUGGCCCGGAAGAAGGCCCGUUUCCCCCGUUCAGUGAGCCUGGUAAGGGCCCUAUGCCCCGCCACAUGGGCCCGCGCAUGGGGCCUGGUCCUGGCCCGAAUGCUGGCCCGAACUUCGGCCCUAACAUGCCCCCCGAAUUUGGUGGCAACAUGGGUCCAGGUGGCAACAUGGGUCCAGGUGGCAACAUGGGUCCAGGUGGCAACAUGGGUCCAGGUGGCAACAUGGGUCCAGGUGGCAACAUGGGUCCAGGUGGCAACAUGGGUCCAGGUGGCAACAUGGGUUCUGGGCCGGGCAUGAGUCCAGGGCAUGGCAUGGGGCCUGGUGGUGGGCCUAAAUUCGGACCUGGUGGCCCGGGGGGGGCUCCCCCUGCUGCUGAUAGCCCUUUCCAGGGGGCCAUGCGGGGACCGCAUGGGGCGUGGCAAGGCAGGGACGGCGGUGGUGGUCGAGCGAGAGGGGUGGGUGAGGGGAACGAUGGAGAGGCGGGUGAUAGGGGAGGAGCAGCACAGGGGGGAGGGGCGGCGGCAGCAGCAGUAGGAGGAGGAGCAGACGGAGUGGUGAGCAGCAGCAGGGAUGGGGCAGCAAGAGAAGGUGUUGGGCGUGGCGGUGAUGUUGAGUCGGAUGGCCGGAUAGACAGAUUCGAGCGAGGAGGUAGUCUGGACAAGGAGAAAGGCGAUGCAGGAGGUACAGCAGAUGGAGCAGCAGGAGCAGCAGCAGCAGGAGCAGGAGCAGGAGCGGGCAUGUAUAGGUCAGGGGUGAAACCGUCUAUCCAGUGGGUGACCAAGGUUGAGAAGGUGCCUGUUGGGGCUCCCAUGGGCGCAGGUACAGAACCGGGAGCAGCAGCAGGCGCAGCUGAAGGGCCGUUGCAGCAAGGACCAGGGGGAAUGCAAGGCUCGUCAGCAGCAGUGGCAGGCGCAGCAGGGACAGCAGGAGCAGCAGGGCAAGCAGGGGGAAUACAGGGACCACAGAGCCACAUGUCUGCCAUCACACCAUCCAAUGGCCCAUCCACUGGCCCUCUGAAUGGCCCGCCUAAUGGCCUUUCCAAUAGGCCCCUCCCCACCGGCGCUUCCAGCGGACCCACCAACAGCUCCGUCCCUGGUGCUGCGGAUGUGCCUGCUGCUUCCCCUGGCGCCCCCGCCUCUCUCUCUGGGAAUGCCCCAAUUGCGCCUCAAGGACCCCUGGGGCCCCCCAAUGGCCCUCCAGGCCCCCCUGGGCCCCAAGGCUGGGCGGGUGGGGCACCGUUUAAUGGCAUGGGCGGGCCCUUUCCCGGGGGAAGGGGGGGAGGGGGGAUGGGAGGGGGCGGGAUGGGCGGAGGGGGGAUGGGAGGGAGAGGGAUGGGAGGAGGGAUGGGCGGAGGGGGCAUGGGCGGAGGAGGCAUGGGCGGAGGGGGAAUGGGCGGAGGGGGAGUGGGAGGAGGGGGAAUGGGUGGAGGGGGCAUGGGCGGAGGGGGAGUGGGUGGAGGGGGAGUGGGCGGAGGAGGCAUGGGCGGAGGAGGCAUGGGCGGAGGGGGAUUGGGCGGAGGGGGAUUGGGCGGAGGGGGAAUGGGCGGAGGCGGAAUGGGCGGAGGAAACAUGGGCGGAGGAAACAUGGGCGGAGGAGGCAUGGGCGGAGGAGGCAUGGGCGGAGGAGGCAUGGGCGGAGGAGGCAUGGGCGGAGGGGGAAUGGGCGGAGGGGGAAUGGGCGGAGGGGGAAUGGGCGGAGGGGGAAUGGGCGGAGGGGGAAUGGGCGGAGGGGGAAUGGGCGGUCCAUUUCCCCGGGGUCCCCCUGGCGGGCCAGGGUUUGGGGAUGGGCCCCCGGGACCCCCGUUUGGGGAGUUUGACAAGCAGGGGGGCGGAGGAGGGUGGGGAAGGGGAGGCCCUGGAGGAGGGGGAGGGAGGGGGCGGAGGCGGUGCCUGUACUUCAACACACCAUCAGGGUGCAGGAAUGGCCCCCGGUGCACCUUCCUGCAUGAAGGGCCGGGACCCGAGGGAUUCGUGGGUGGCGGUAGAGGCGGAGGAGGCGACUGGGGUGGCGGGGAAUGGGGCGGUGGAGAGUGGGGUGGAGGUGAAUGGGGAGGUGGUGGGGGAGGCGGGAUGAUGGGGGGAGGUGGGGGUGGUCGUGGCGGGGGGAUGAUGGGGCCGGGGGGGAGAGGAGGGAGGAUGGGGGGUGGAGGGCGAGGGGGGAUGAUUGGUAGAGGUGGGGGAAGAGGCGGGCGGAUGGAUGAGAAUGGGGGAGACAUUGGCAUGGGUGGGGGGGAUGAGGGAGGCAUGGGGGGGAAUAUGGGGGGAACUGGAGGUCCUGGGGGUAUGGUUGGGGGAAGUACGGGUGGGGGGAAUCUGGGUGGAGCAGGGGGUAUGGGCAGAGGCGGGAAUAUGGGCGGAGGGGGCAAUAUGGGAGGAGGGAAUAUGGGAGGAGGGGGAAGCAUGGGCGGAGGGGGAAAUAUGGGUGGAGGGGGAAGCAUGGGCGGAGGGGGAAAUAUGGGUGGAGGGGGAAGCAUGGGCGGAGGAGGAAACAUGGGCGGAGGGGGAAGCAUGGGAGGGGGAGGAAACAUGGGCGGAGGGGGAAAUAUGGGCGGAGGGGGAAAUAUGGGCGGAGGGGGAAUUAUGGGCGGAGGGGGAAGCAUGGGCGGAGGGGGAAAUAUGGGCGGAGGGGGAAGCAUGGGCGGAGGGGGAAGCAUGGGCGGAGGAGGAAACAUGGGCGGAAGGGGAAGCAUGGGCGGAGGGGGAAAUAUGGGUGGAGGAAGUUUUAUGGGAGGUGGGGACUUUGGAGGAGGUAUGGGUGGAGAAUGGAAUGACGGGAACUGGGAGGGCGAGAACUGGGGGAAUCCUGCUGCCAUGGGUGGUAGGGAAGGCGGUAGGGCGAUGAUGGAAGGGGGCAUGACAUCAGGGCAGGGGGGUGCAGGCAAGGAGGAGGGCGGGGAGGAGGAGGGGGGCGGGGAGGUGACUUCAACUAUAAUUGAUGCUGUUGCUGCUGGAGGAGCAUUGUGUGCUAUCGUUUCAAGAAUGCCGCAUCUGAAGCUGGCCAAUGUGUGA